AUGAGUGCCACCGAUAGUGUUUUCAAUAAUUUAAGACAAAAAUUAAAUGUUUUGGGUUAUCAUCAGACACUGCCAUUGUCUGCUAUACCUUUGGUGGGUUGUCUUUUCGAUGAUUUGGUAAAGACGACGGAAAGUUUAAGGGAUUCGAAAAAACAAAUUAUGGAGUUAUUAGAGGAAAAAUCCUGUUGGGAGUUGGGUGUUGAACCCUAUAAAUGUGAUAAUGCUCGACUGUUACAGCAAAAUAAUCAAUUGCAUAUGCAGACGGUGCAACAGCAGGAGGACUAUGAGGAUAAAAUAAGAGAACUCAAUACCCUGGUGCGAGAUUUACAAAGUGAUAAAUUUCAUUUACAACAGCAAGUCGAACAGCUGCAACAACAAUUAAAAUUACAAACACUUCAGUACCGGACGGCGACGACGUCAGCAGGUGGUAAUAUGAAAUAUGGCAAGGAGGGUAAAGCCAAAAAACCCUUCAUAACUGCCGUGCGUUCCGGUGACCCCUUGCCCUCUUUGCAACCUCUUCAAGAACACAAUUCCAAUUUAAGAUGUACCAAAUGUAAUCUGCUGGGUUAUAACCAGAAAAAUGAUGGCGCCACCCAAACAAAAUCUCAGCAAAAAGAAUUGGAAAAAUUAGAGAAUGCCAAUAGGGACCUAAUCGAAAAUCUGAAAUUCUACCAAAAGAAGAUCGAAUCCCGCGAUCGUGAAAUAUCCCGCCUAAAUGAUCUCCUCUCCGGAGGUCGCCCACCUGCCGCGCUGGCCCGUGAUUGCUGUUAUAAAAAUAUUGGUAAUAUUACCGAAGAUUUAGAUAUGUUGCAGCGUGAAAAAAUGGAUUGCCUAACACGAAUGCGAGAGUUUCAAGAUCAAAUGCAUGAGGCUAUGCAAAGGGCCCUGGACCUGGAGAACACAAAUCGUUCUUUGCAAUCUCAAUUGGAUGAAUUGAAAGAAGCAGCGCUCCUAGUUGAAACCGAAGCCAAUAAUGAAAUAUCCCAACGUGAAAAUGAAAUUGAAAUGUUGAAAAUGCAAUUAAAACAAAUGCAGGGUGGCGGUGGUAAACAUAAGCCGGGCGAGAAGAAGGCUCCGGAUGAUGGUAAAAAACAAAAACAUGCAGUACAUGGUGAUGGCGGCGGUGGCAUGGCAAUGGAUAAUAAACAUAGAUACAAUGAGAAAAUCAAUGAAUUGACACAAAGAGAAACCGAACUUAAAAUGGAAAAUGAACACCUGCAGAAGAAGGUCACCAAACUGAAAUCGAAACUGCAAUCACUUCAAAAGGAAUUCAAAGAAACCGAAUCCCAACAUGCUCAAAAUUUAGAUGAAGAAAAAAUCCGCCUCAAAUCCGAACGGGAUUUCUUCCAAAAGGAAUAUCUACGAUUGCUAAGUAAGGCCGGUUCCGAUAAGGAAAUUGAAUUUCUUCAAUCUCAAAUUAAAUCGAAAGAUGAAGAAUUGAGGUUGCUAAGACUGGAGUUGUGUACAAGACCCUCUACCACCGCACCCAAUGCCCUAGUACCCUGUUAUAAAGAUCCUGAAAAUCAUCAUCAUUUAAAUUUGCCAACAUCGGCACGAUCGGGUAUAUCUACAGCCACCUCCGGCAGCAGCAGUAGUGAUUGUGUCCAAGCGGCAAUUUUACGUAUAGAACGGGAACGUGAUUGUGCCCGCUCCGAAAUGGAGAGAUUGAAAUGUGAACGGGAUACCCUGAGAGAAAAAUUGCUCUGCACCACGAAAAUGCACGAUGAACAGAUGCAUAAAACGCAAGAGCGAUUUGAGGAGCUGAACAGCCGUCUACGGCAAUUGGAAAGGGAGAAACGGGAACUGCAAUCGGCUCGCAUGCCCACCGAAACACAAAUCAUCAUGCUCAAGGAGGAAAUUGAGGCGUACAAACAGCAACAAUUUCAAUUGCGGGAGGAAAAUAAUAAACUGCAGUCCAACUAUAAUCAAUUGAAAAUUCUCCACGAACAAACCGAACGCACCCUGGGAGAUUAUCAAAACAAAUUGCUUUAUGCCGAGCAGCAAUUGGAGACGACAAAUCGUCGUGUCAAUACCCUGGAUACCAAUCGGGAUUCGGUGCGCGAGGAGGCCUUACAGCUGCGCAGUGAAGUUAAGGUCUUGAAACAGACCUAUGCGGCUUUGGAAAAUGAAAAGGAUAAAAUAUUGACUCAGUUAGAUGCCAAAACGGAAAAAGUCUAUCAACUGGAAUAUGAACUGAAAGCAUCGAAGGAAAAACGUAAUGCUCUGGAGAAACAGGUCAGCGAAUUGGAAGAGAAAUUAAGUAAACUUUCCACACAAUCACGUGAACGAAGUACCGAACUCCAUGAAACCUCGACGGAAAGCAAAAGUUUGCGACAACAGCUGACAGCAUUGAAAACCAGUCGGGAUCAGGCCAUACAGGAAAAUGUCCGCCUAAGCAAUGAUUUGGCCGAAAGUCAAGCUGAAGUAUCGUCGCUGCGCAAACAACUCAAAGAUUCCGAAAAGGAAAUAGAGCGACUCAAACAACAACUACGGAAAUAUGUUGAGGAGGUUAAGAAGGCCGAAGAUCUAUUGAUGCACAAGGAAAAAGAACGUGAGGAAAUGCUGGAACACUAUCGCAGCCUAUCACACGAUGCCGUUAUGCUGGAGGGCAAUAAUCAAAGUUUAGAAAAUGAAACGGCAGAAUAUAGACGUCAAGUUGCCGAAUUAGAUGCUGAGAUAUCCACGCUCAAAAAAGAAUUGAACUGCCGCAACAAAUUAAUCACCGAACUGGAGGAUCGCAUCGCCACCCUAACCGCGAAAAAUACCUGUCUCGAACAUCAGCUCGGCGAAUGUCAGGAUGAACAGCGUAUUUUGAAAACGGAUUUGGAGGCGCGCAAGGAGUUAUGCGAUAAAUUGGAUAAUGAAAAGGAUAAACUGAAUGCCGAACUAAAUGAAUUGAAUGAUGUUAAGAGGAAGUUGGAAAUGGAAAAUGAACGCUUACGCUUCGAUUUGGACAAAACGGAAAAGGGUAAGCAAAUGUCGGCGGAAACCUUAGAGGAACUUCUAACAAAAACUCGACGUGAUUUGGAGGAACAAAUCAAAGUUGAUAGUAAAUUAAGUCAAGAAUUAGUCCAGUUGAGGAAACAAAAUGAUGAACUAUUGCACGAUCUGGAAUUGGAGCGUCAGAAACGUGAACAAAAUGCCACCUUGGCCCGUGAAUUUCAAGUACAAAAUCAAGAGCUGCGUCACAAUCUAACCGAUGAUCGUUUUCGUCAGGCUCGUUCGCGCGAACAAAGUCCACGUUAUCCUCCCGUACAGACAUUGUAG